AUGGGCUUCAAUACAGAACUCACACGCCGAUUAGGCAUCGAAGCACCUAUCGUCCAAGGUGGUAUGCAAUGGGUUGGAUAUGCAGAGCUAGCGUCCGCAGUAUCAAAUGCAGGAGGAUUGGGAAUUCUUACCGCUCUUACACAACCUACGCCCGAAGACCUGCGUAAGGAGAUCGCUAAGACCCGGACCUUGACCAAGAAGCCCUUUGGUGUCAACAUCACGCUCCUUCCUACCAUGAACGCUCCUCCUUAUAACGAGUAUGCGCAAGUCUGCAUCAACGAGGGUAUCAAGGUGGUUGAGACUGCUGGCAACUCCCCCGGACCCGUCAUUAAACUAUUGAAAUCCGCCGGAAUAAUAAUUCUCCAUAAAUGCACAACCAUCAGACAUGCAGCCUCCGCAGUCAAGCUGGGUGUUGAUUUCCUAUCAAUAGACGGGUUCGAAUGCGCCGGUCACGUUGGCGAGUCCGAUAUCACAAACUUCAUUCUAUUGUCAAGGGCAAGACAAUCCCUCGGCGUGCCAUUCAUCGCCUCGGGUGGCUUUGCCGAUGGUCAAGGCCUGGCAGCGGCAUUGGCGCUGGGCGCGGAGGGCAUCAACAUGGGAACCAGAUUCAUGUGCACCGUGGAGGCCCCAAUUCACGUCAAGAUCAAGCAGGCGAUCGUUGAUGCUUCCGAACACGAUACUGAGCUUGUGAUGAGACGGUGGACCAACACUUCCCGACUGUUCAAGAAUAAGGUCGCUUCGGAAGCUCUCAAAGUUGAGAGAGCAAGUACCACUGGUAAAUUCGAGGAAAUUGCCCCCUUUGUGUCUGGUAAGCGAGGGCGAGAAGUCUUCAUCAAUGGAGACAAGGACUUUGGUGUCUGGACCGCUGGUCAAGUCAUCGGUUUGAUCCACGACAUUCCCACCUGCCAAGAGCUCAUUACGAGAAUCGAAAAGGAAGCCAUUGAAUCGGUGGAAAGAACAAGGAAGGUUUUCCAACCCCAGAGCAAGCUAUAA